CAUAAAAGAAGCAUUUUAUAACUGUCCAAAACCUGUCUUUUCUUUUUCUUUUUUUUUUUCAAGUUCAAGAUGUGUAGGGUUAAUUCGACAAUUAUCGCAUUUCUUAGUGUUUUGCUGUUUUGGUUUUCGAGCUUUGAGGUGACGUACAGUGCUAGGGAAGGCAAACAGUGGAGGAAGCAGAGCAUAGCUGGUGGUUUCCGCCGUCUAAUGGCGGAGGGAGGAAACUCUGACCUCGUAGCCGACGCCACUACCACCUUUAAUGUGUUGGAAUACGGUGCCAAAGGUGAUGGACGCACAGAUGACUCCAAGGCACUGGAAGCCGCAUGGGCUGAUGCUUGUAAAGUUGAGGCAUCAACAGUGAUGGUUCCAUCGGGUUCAACAUUCCUUGUUGGACCAGUUUCUUUCUCAGGCCCCAAUUGUCAACCCAAUAUCGUCUUUCAGUUGGAUGGGAAGAUUAUAGCUCCAACAAGUUCCAAAGCUUGGGGGUCGGGCCUCUUGCAAUGGAUUGAAUUUAUAAAACUUAAGGGGAUUACAAUUAAAGGCAAAGGUACCAUUGAUGGUCGAGGUUCUGUGUGGUGGAAUGACUCACCCACUGCUCAACCACAAGAUUCCACAACUAAUCACACGAUCAGUGGCGAGCUGGAUGGAAAAAUGCCAAGCACCAAACCAACAGCAUUAAGAUUCUAUGGAAGUAAUGGUGUAACAGUGAGUGGGAUAACGAUACAAAACAGCCCCCAAACACACUUGAAAUUCGAUGACUGCACCGGCGUUCAGAUUUCCAACUUCGUUGCUUCGUCCCCCAGUGACAGCCCCAACACCGAUGGCAUUCACCUCCAGAACUCCCAAGAUGUCGUCAUCUCCGCCGCUACUCUUGCUUGUGGGGAUGAUUGUGUGUCGAUACAAACAGGGUGCUCAAAUGUAUAUAUCCACGAUGUGAAAUGUGGACCAGGCCAUGGAAUCAGCAUCGGAGGACUUGGAAAAGACAGAACCAAAGCCUGUGUUUCCAACAUUACUGUUCGAGAUGUCAAUUUACAAAACACAUUAACUGGUGUCCGAAUCAAGACAUGGCAGGGAGGUUCUGGUUCAGUGAAACAAGUGACAUUCUCAGACAUACAAGUAUCAGAAGUUGAAACUCCAAUAAUGAUCGAUCAAUUUUAUUGUGACAAAGGCCACUGCUCGAAUCAAUCUUCGGCUGUAGAAGUAUCGGAGAUAAACUACGUAAACAUACGAGGAACCUAUACAGUUCAACCGGUCCACUUCGCGUGCAGCGAUAGCUUGCCGUGCAGUGGGGUAUCGUUAAGUACCAUCGAGCUGCAAUCAGUUAAAGAAAACCAUCCUCUCAGUGGACCUUUCUGUUGGGAAACAUAUGGUGAGCUCAAAACAUCAACUGAACCACCAAUUAGUUGUUUGGAGAGUGGGAAACCAUCCAACGCUGGAACUCAAUCCAGUUCCGAUUCUUGUUGAUGAAUACCCGAUAUCAGUACGCACCAGUUAUAUGAUUAGUAGAAAUAUACGGUUUGGGGCUUUUAGUUACAACAUGUUUCAAAUUGGUACCAAGUGUAUUGUAAUUUGUUGCCUGCAGGGCAAUGUAGGUAAAAGGAUUUAGUUUAGUUUGUGGCCAUAUUUAGUAUGGGUGUGCAAUGCAAAAUUUAUCAUAUACAAGUAAAAGGUAUUUGGUUUGGUUUGCUAUUUGUAAUCCAAUAUUUCUAUUCCACAUCUAUUCAAACAUGAAUUUAGUACA